GUUUUUCAGCGAUUGCACCACCAUUAACUGCACUUCUUCAUAAAGGCCAACCAUUCAACUGGACAUCUAUUAUACACGAAGCAUUCGACACACUGAAAGGAAAAUUAUCCACUACUCCCAUACUAUUAAUACCUGAUCCAACAAAACCUUUCACUCUCACUACAGAUGCCUUCGAUUUUGCUAUUGGAGCAGUGUUAACUCAAGAUCAUGAAAAAG